UAAAAUUUAGAACUUCAAAAUACCGACAUAAAAGGAAAAAGGUACCUGAAUCAUUCAAGACAUAUUCACACCGCCUUCAUUGUUUGUUGAACAGAUGAAGGAAUGGAGGUUGCAACUGCGACCUCCGCUUCACUUCUUUUAAAAUGGCCGAAACAGGGGACGCAUUGUAAGUCCAACCGAAAAAAACAAAGAGAAACAGAGGCGUAGCAGAGCAUUGAGAAAUGUCCGCUAAUCCAGUAAUACUGCAGAGUGAGAAGUUGACCAAGUAUAUACUGGAGACUAGCGUUUACCCUCCAGAAGCCGAGACUCUCGAAGAGCUAAGGAAUGCCACCGCAACACACUCUUGGGGAUUUAUGGGCGCUGAUCCUGAUGCGGGGCAGCUAAUGGCCUUGCUCUUGAAGCUGUUGAAUGCUAAAAAGACCAUUGAAGUGGGAGUUUUUACAGGAUACUCUCUUCUCCUCACUGCACUAACCAUUCCAGAUGAUGGAAAGAUUAUAGCCCUGGAUCCAGAUAGAGCGUGUUCAAUGAACACCAUUUCCAAUGUUUCGUACUAUGAUCCAAGUUAACUUAAUGUACUAUGUUUUUAGUUUUUCAUUCUGCUUUUUCUGUGGGUGGUUAAAAUUGAUUUGCCUCAAACUGUGGGGUUUAUGAUUUGACUGUAAUGCGAAUCACCGAGUGUUCUAUUUACUAUUAAUAAGAUAAAACGUGUGAUUCUUUGUCUA